GAUAUUGCAUUACUCCCCUGAUCUCUGCGGCGUUUUGGCCUGUAGUCCACGGUCUGUGUGGUCUAUGUAGUCUGUGUGUCCUGGACAGGUGGAAGGGUUGGAGGGGUUGUCUGUCUGUAGCCCCGACCUCAGAUGGCUUUUGACCUUGUUAUCGGAGUGCUCUGAAGACAUGGCUGCACUGGAGUCCUGAUACAGGCAGCAUGGCAAUAGAGGCGUCGGUGUCCUCAGCUGGUCAGCCUCAGGUUCCAGGUCCUGCUCAGAGGGACUACUACUACUGGUUUCGCUCUUUCGUAGCAGGAGGUGUAGCAGGAUGCUGUGCCAAGACCACCAUUGCGCCUCUGGACAGAGUGAAAAUUCUGCUCCAAGCCCACAAUCCUCAUUACAAACACUUAGGUGUGGUUGCUACUCUCAGGGCUGUGCCAAAAAAAGAGGGCUUCCUCGGACUGUACAAAGGGAAUGGAGCGAUGAUGGUCAGGAUAUUCCCUUAUGGAGCCAUUCAGUUUAUGGCCUUUGACAAUUAUAAAAAACUCCUCAGUACACAGCUUGGUAUAUCUGGGCACAUUCAUCGGCUCAUGGCUGGAUCUAUGGCAGGAAUGACUGCAGUCAUUUGCACUUAUCCUCUUGACGUGGUUCGUGCUCGCCUGGCGUUUCAGGUGACGGGAGACCAUCGCUACACUGGCAUAGGAAACGCCUUCCAAACCAUCUACUUGAAGGAGGGUGGCAUCUCUGGAUUCUACCGUGGUCUAACUCCUACCAUCAUUGGCAUGGCUCCCUAUGCAGGAUUUUCCUUUUUCACAUUUGGUACUCUGAAGAGUCUGGGGCUGGCUCACUUCCCUGAGCUUCUUGGCAAGCCAUCACUGGACAACCCUGAUGUCCUGGUUCUGAAGACUCACGUCAACCUGUUGUGUGGGGGGAUCGCUGGGGCCAUUGCUCAGACUAUAUCAUAUCCUCUAGAUGUUGCCCGGAGAAGAAUGCAGUUAGGAGCAGUGCUCCCUGACUCGGAUAAAUGUCUUAGCCUGACGAAGACCCUUAAGCAUGUGUACAGCCAAUAUGGGAUUAAGAAAGGACUGUACCGUGGGUUGUCCCUCAACUACAUCCGCUGUGUACCAUCCCAGGCCGUCGCCUUCACCACAUAUGAGUUUAUGAAGCAAAUCCUGCACUUGAAUUAGUGCAGCAACCGUUGCUGAUCCUCUGUUCCACAGCAAGAACAAAUUGUCGUACAGCUACUGGAAGCAUCACAGCAGCCCUGCUUGCUAAAUCCAAUGACCACCUCUUACAUCUCCAGCUCAUCAGACUGCCCAGCAAACCCCCAGGGUUGCGUGAGGUUGAGGGCAAUGCCUCACCAACCCGCUUUGGAGACAGAGAGGGGGAAUGCCCCGUAACAGUCAUCACUGGCAAUGAUCAGUUUACGGAAAAAACGUUGGUUGCACUGAACAGUCUGCCUUAACCAAUCAGCGAGGUUCUGCACUCUUACAUGUCUUGUGUGACGCAAAACAAGUGACGCACAAUAGAUCUUUCUUUCAGCUGCUGUUAACGUCAUUGUGUCUAUAUGUCACAGCUGUAAUCCACAGUAUGUCACAGCUGUAAUCCACAGUAUGUCACAGCUGUAAUCCACUAUGUGCAUGAAUGGGAUAUUUGUGAUCAAGUGCUUGUCAGUGUCGAGAUAAUACUGCAAUAAUCAGAAAACCUUUCUCAGAAACAGUCAGAUGUUUCAUCGGCAUCCCCCCACCCCCUCCACCUCCGCUGCCUAUGAAGUGGAGGACUGAUAUGAUUCUGUGAGAGUCGUCUUUCUACUCAUGUUUCAGAUCAAUCAUGGCUCACAUGCCUUCUGCAGUAGCUCGAGAUCUUCUCUUGGUUUGUAGUACAUGUAAUCAUACUUUAUCUGAACAGAAAUCUCUCUUUUCUUUUAAGGCACACUCGGUGAGAAAUCGAGAUGUGCAUAUCUAUAGUAGAGGAUAGUUUUAUGGACAUUUUUAUUUACAGAUGGGAAAGGGAACCUGAUAGGGUCAGGUUAAAGAUCAUGUUUGCCUUGCCAGCUUUAUGUUUCUCUCAAUUACUUUACAGCAGUUCUUGCAUAUAACCCACCUGAAACUUUUACCUGUAAUGCUGUCUUUGCUGUAAUAGCUGAUGUGUUAGCAUCUUUACAGCACCAUGGAACAUAGGCAGUCUAAUGUCAUUCCAUUCAGAAUCAUUUAAUGUAGAAAAAAUAAGCUGAUGUUAGAGUUUAUGCUUAAAAAGAUGCAUAAGUCAGUCAAGAGUUGUACUUCUUGAAUCUCCUUUUUUGUUUGAUCUGAAUAAAUUGAGUUUUUAUCCAUUGCCACUUGGUGGCAGUCUUGAGUGGAUACAUCAGGUUUAUCAGUGAAAAGCUUUUAAACCCAAUGUUACUGUCCUUUAUGCACUAUACAUGCCUUUACCUUCAGUUGCUGCUCUCUAUAGCAUAAUACACGAUUCUGUCUGUUUGGCUGAAGGAAUGACUGAAAGUAAAUGUUUACUCUUAUAGAUUUGUCACAUACAGCCUUGUUUGAUUUGAGACACGACUCAGACGUGGGACAUUGUACAAUGAUUAGUACAAACAUGCUUAUUAUUAUAAUCUGUUAUAACAGUGCCAUUGAAUCAAAUCGUCUCAAUGAGAAAGUGGCCAUGGAUUUUGGAGAAUAAGGGAAACGUCUUGUUAAUGUUGCAGUUAUAUUAAAAACAGUUCUGAGAGAAAUUUUAGCAUUAUUAUUAUUAUUUAUCUGAUCAUAGUGUAUUUUGUUUGUGUCAGAAUACAGAAUGCAACUGAAUGCUAUGAACAAAUAUUUCAUUGGUAUUGAACUACUGAUCAAUGAAAAUGCCCUUUUUUGUACUUUUUCAUUCUAAUUUUGCAUCUGUUUUUCCAGUGCGUACACAAAUUAAAUGUAUGUUUCUGUUUGUGUAAAUGAA